UGAUAUCGAACGCAUCCUCAAGAUGAAGUUCAUGCGAGCUCUGUCUCUUCUCUCCCUAGUCCCUUCAUCACUCUCACUCUCGCUUCCAUCCACCCACCUCGACUCUCGGGACCUCUCAAGCACACAAACUCCCCUGCUCAUCCAACUAAAACCCAAAAUAACUCCAACGCGCGAACUCAUCUCCCUAGACGGCCUGUGGUCAUUCGCCCUCGCCCAAGAAGGGAACACCACCGCAAAACCAUGGACAGCACCCCUCCCCAAGGGCCUCGAAUGCCCCGUGCCCGCCUCGUACAACGACAUCUUCAUCGACCGCAAUAUCCGCGACCACGUCGGUUGGGUGUACUACCAGCGCGAAAUCACCGUUCCCCGCGGAUGGUCGAACGAGCGGUACCUCGUCCACGUUGAGGCUGCGACUCACGAGGGACGUAUUUACAUUAACGAUGAUCUCGUCGCGGAGCACGAGGGCGGGUAUACGCCCUUUGAAGCGGACAUCACCGCGCUCGUCAGCGCGGGCGAAAAAUUCCGGCUGACAAUCGCCGUGAAUAAUGAGCUUACGAUGCAGACCAUUCCACCGGGCUCGAUCGAGGUUAGUGAUAUCACUGGCCGACGCGUUCAAACAUAUCGGCAUGAUUUCUUCAACUAUGCUGGGCUUGCACGGUCCGUUUGGUUGUAUUUUGUUCCGAGGGAGCAGUUUAUUCGCGAUGUCAGCGUUGUUACGGAUGUCGAGGGGGAGACGGGAUUUAUUCGGUAUAAUGUUACCACGUCGGAGGGGACGACGGGGAAUGUGAGGAUUGCUGUGGUUGAUGAGGAGGGGAAGACCGUUGCCACGGCCUCCGGUGUCAACGGGACGGCAAGAAUCGAGUCUGCUCACCUCUGGCAACCCGGCGCCGCAUACCUCUACGACUUCACAGUAACCAUCGUCGACGCCUCGGACUCAGUAAUCGACAGCUACACGCUCCCCGUGGGAAUCCGCACAGUCUCCAUCCGCGGGACGCAAUUCCUCAUAAACAACACCCCCUUCUACUUUACGGGUUUCGGCAAACACGAAGACAGUUCUGUCCGGGGCAAGGGCCACGACCAAGCAUACAUGGUACACGACUUCCAGCUCCUCGACUGGAUCGGCGCAAACUCGUUCCGAACCUCACACUACCCCUACGCAGAAGAAGUCCUCGAAUUCGCGGACCGACACGGGAUCGUCGUCAUCGACGAGACGGCUGCUGUCGGGAUGGCGUUUUCGCUGAGCGCGGGCUUAGGGGCGGCGUCUUCGUCGCUGACGUUUUCGCCCGAGACUAUUAAUAAUGAGACGCGGCGGAACCAUGCACAAGCGAUUCGGGAGCUUGUUGCACGCGAUAAGAACCAUCCGAGCGUGGUGCUGUGGUCGAUUGCCAAUGAGCCGGCGUCGUUUGAGGAGGGGGCGCGCGGGUAUUUUGAGCCGCUGGUUGAGGUGGCCCGGGAGGCGGAUCCGGCGGGGAGGCCGGUGGCCUUUGUUAAUGUGGGACAGGCGACGUAUAAGACGGAUAAAAUCUCUGAUCUAUUCGAUGUGCUUUGUCUGAAUCGGUAUUAUGGGUGGUAUUCGCAGACCGGGGUCCUUGAGGAGGCGGAGGUGGCUCUGGAGGAGGAGCUGCGUGGGUGGGUGGAGUUGUACGACAAGCCGAUUAUAAUCACCGAGUACGGGGCUGAUACAGUUGCUGGACUGCACUCUGUCAUGGCGGUUCCCUGGAGUGAGGAGUUCCAGGUGCAGUUCUUGGACAUGUAUCAUCGGGUCUUUGAUCAGUUUGAGGCGAUAGUCGGCGAGCAUGUGUGGAACUUUGCGGACUUUCAGACUUCGAUGGGGAUUAUUCGUGUUGAUGGGAAUAAGAAGGGGGUGUUUACGAGGGAUCGGAGGCCCAAGGCUGCGGCGCAUAAGCUGAGGGAGAGGUGGACGCAGUUGGGCAGUGAGUGA